UUACCACCACACUAAACUUGCAACUUGCUCGUUUGCUCAAUUCUUUGGAAAAUGGGAUUUGUCGAAGUCGUUUGUGAAUUUCAAUUAAAUACUAGGAGAAUUGAAAGAGUUGGCAUUGCAUAUUUAAAUUCAAAAACUGAGAAUUGUUUAAAACGUGAAGGGCUAAGAGAAUCCGAGGAAAAAUUAUUAGUAGAGGAUUUUUUCGUUGAUCCAAAUUUUCUUAAAUCAUUGGAUCCUAAAGAAUGGAAAAAUCAGGAUCAUUAUGCGGUUUUAGGAUUGGAUAAAUUAAGGUUUAACGCUACAGACGAUGAUAUUCGACGUGCUUAUCGUAAAAUGGUUUUACAGCAUCAUCCAGAUAAAAGGAAAGCUAAAGGAGAAGAAAUAGAUACAGAUAAUGAUUAUUUCACGUGCAUCACAAAAGCCUAUGAAAUAUUAGGUACUUCGAAAACAAGACGCUCAUAUGAUUCUGUUGAUCCAAAAUUUGAUGAUUCUUUUCCCACGCAACACGAUAUUGAAAAUAAUUUUUAUCCGUCGUUCAAUCAAUGUUUUGAUUUAAAUGCCAGAUGGAGUGAACGAAAAAUGGUUCCUUCUUUCGGUGAUGAAAAUUCGGCACGUGAAGAUGUAGAUAAAUUCUACAGCUUUUGGUACGAGUUUAAGUCAUGGAGAGAGUAUAGUUACUUGGACGAAGAAGAUAAAGAACGGGGUCAAGAUCGGGACGAGAGACGCUGGAUUGAAAAAGAGAAUAAAGCAGCCAGAAUUAAACUUAAGAAAGAGGAAAUGAUGCGUAUACGUGCUCUCGUCGAUUUAGCCUAUAAUAAUGACAAACGUAUUCUGAAAUUUAAGAAUGAAGAAAAAGAGAAGAAACUGGCUGCGAAGAAAGCAAAAAUGGAUGUUCUACAAGCGCAAAAAGCUGAAAAGGAACGCGCACUUAAAGAGGCACAAUUGGCGAAAGAACAGGAAGAGAAAGCAAAGAAAAUACGCAUUGAACAAUUAAGGGUCGAAAAGGAAUUAAUGAAAAAAUCUCUAAGAAAGGAGCGUAAAGCUUUGCGUGAUAAAGUCAAAGAGAACGAAUAUUUUGCGGAAAACGAAAGAGAGUCACUAAAGAAUAUGGAAGGAGUUGAGAAAAUUUGCGAAACUUUCACAUUGGCUGAACUACAAGAUUUGAACAAGAAUAUAUUGGAGCAAUCCGCGAAAGAUUCAUUCUUGGCCGCUCUAAGUGUGGCGGAAUCGAAAAUAAAAGCUGACUUGGAAGAGAUAAAUCAGGCUCAAAACAAAAAAAUUGCGAAGAGUGAUAUUAAAGAAGUAAAGAAUAGUGAAAUUUGGAGCAAUAAUAAUGUACAACUUCUUAUUAAAGCAGUUAAUUUAUUCCCUGCCGGGACAUCGCAACGUUGGGAUGUCAUAGCGACAUUUAUAAAUCAACACACGGCUGGCGAUGUAAAAGUGACUCCCCGGGAUGUACUUAACAAGGCAAAAGCUUUACAGAAUAGUGAUUUCUCGAAAAGUUCAUUGAAAACUCAAGCCAAUGCGAGUGCCUUUGAAAGCUUUAAUAAAUCGAAAAAAGAUGUGGUCACUACGUCCGAUAUAACCAUCAACGAUGAGGCUGGCACUGCGGAGGGGAGCAACAAGAUAAACCAAAUAAACGGUAGCAGCUCAGAGCCACCAAAAAAUGUACAAAAACCGACUUCUACAUCAACAAAGGCUUGGACAAAAGAAGAGCAGGUGCUGUUAGAGCAAGCUCUUAAGACUUAUUCAAAUUCAACGCCCGAUCGUUGGGAUCGCAUUGCCGAUUGCGUUCCGAAUAGAACUAAAAAGGAUUGUUUGCGUAGAGUUAAAGAGCUCGUAGAACUAGUUAAUUUAAAGAAAGGAGCUCAAGACGCAGUUAAAUGAUUCGUUAGAUAGCUUAUUGUGUUUUUAUUGCAAUAAAUCUGUUGAAAUAACAAAACUUAUAACUGAUAAAUAUUUAAAUGAAUUAA